UCCCUAUGGAAUUCAAUGCAUGCCCAUCAAGUCUCCUGAGUCUCAAACUCACAACCUUUUACAACUUGCAUUGACUAGUUCCCCUACCUCACCACCGUUAUCACCACCACCACCACGGGUAUGGAUAACCACCACAUUCUUCUUGUGACUUUUCCGGGACAAGGCCACAUCAAUCCAUCCCUCAAUUUCGUCAAACGCCUCGUGACAAGGGGUGUCAGAGUUACUUUUGCCACUAGCCUCUCUGCCAUCCAACGCAUGAACAAAACCACCCCAACCCCACAAGGCUUAACCCUCUCCCCCAUCUCUGAUGGCUACGACAACGGCUUCAAAGCUGAGGAAAUCGAAGAAGUCAUGACCUCACUCCAGAUUAAAGGUUCCCGAGCUGUCGCGAGUCUCAUCCAUGCCAGCAGAGACGAAGGCCGCCCCAUCACACGUGUGCUCUACACCACACUUAUCCCAUGGGUAGCAGAAGUGGCACAUGACCUUCACAUCCCAUCCACACUUCUUUGGAUCCAACCGGCAGCCAUUUUGGACAUCUACUACUAUUACUUCAAUGGGUAUGCUGAUGUUAUUACGAAAAAUAGCUGUGACCCUUUUUGUCCCAUUGAACUGCCAGGACUUCCAUUGCUCACUAGCCGUGACAUUCCUUCCUUUUUACUCCCUACAGACUCCUUCAAAUAUGCACUCCCAGCAUUCAAAAAGCACAUAGAGAUACUCGAUGCCCAAACAAAUCCACAAGUACUAGUAAAUACAUUCGACGCUUUGGAAUUUGAUACUCUAAGAGCUAUCAAAAAGCUCAACAUGAUUCCAAUUGGGCCUUUAGUCCCAUCAGCGUUUUUGGACGGAAAAGAUCCAUCUGAUACUUCAAAUGAAGGCGAUAUGUUUCAGAAGUCGACGGAGUAUGUAGAGUGGUUGAACUCAAAGCCUCAGUCGUCUGUUGUUUAUUUAUCAUUCGGAAGCAUUUCCGUGUUUUCAAAGAAACAAAGGGAAGAGAUGGCAUACGGGUUGUUGGAAAGCCAAAGGCCCUUUUUGUGGGUGGUGAGAAAAACUGAUCAAUAUGGUGAGAAGGUCGAACACGAAGUAAGUUGCAUGGAGGAAUUGGAGAAGCAAGGGAUGAUAGUGCCAUGGUGUUCUCAAGUGGAGGUUCUGUCACACCCAUCACUGGGAUGUUUCGUGACGCAUUGUGGGUGGAAUUCUACGUUGGAGAGUUUGGUUUCCGGGGUUCCAAUGGUGGCGUUUCCACAGUGGACGGAUCAGGGGACUAACGCAAAGCUGAUCACAGAUGUUUGGAAGACCGGGGUGAGGGUGACGAUAAAUGAAGAAGGAAUAGCUGAGAGGGAAGAGUUUAAGAGGUGCAUAGAUAUGGCGAUGGGGGAUGAAGAGAAAGGGAAAGAAAUGAGAGGAAAUGCCAAGAAAUGGAAGGAAUUGGCAAGGGAAGCUGUGAAGGAAGGUGGGUCCUCGGACAUGAAUCUUAAAGCCUUUGUCAGUGAAAUUGGAAAUUAAUUAAAAGCUUGUUUAGGAAUUAGUAGGAUGAACUUUGUUCUUGAUCGAAUCUUCGUUUUGUUCAUUUUGGUUUGUUGUUACAUUUGUAAUUCAUGUGAUACGUGCCUAAAAGGUCAUGUCUUUGGCAUGCAAAUUUAGAAUCAAUUAAAAAUAAGAGAGUGCAUUUGUAACAUGAACUAGCUUCAUUUUCAUAUUAUAUAUAUGUAUAGAUGUGGAGAGAUUUCAAAUGUAGAGAUAAAGAGAACACUGAUGUUUUUCAUAUGCUUCGCUAGU